UAAGGAAGUAUAAUUUUGUGUUUAUGUCCAAGGACAUCUAAAGUCUCUGUUCUGGACAGAAUAUUAAUGGACGAUAAAAAUUGUGAAGUGACUUUUUGUUUUUGGCCUGGAAACGAUCAGAUCUGGCAACCCUGAAUUUAAAAACAAUCGAGAGGUCCUAGUCAAGGUUUACCAUACUCUGAAGCAAACAAGAACAUCGAGGAAAGGAAACUCUGAGAUGUACAAAAUUUAAAACUGGUUACUGAAGUAAUUUUGAGGUAAUAGUGUUUUGCUUAGGGAAUUAUUAAACACUAUAACAAAGAGCAGUGAUUGAAUUAAAUGUUAAUACAAAACCUGAUCCUAUGUACAUGAAUGGUUUGUGAACCCGUUAAUUUGACGCCUCUCAUGCAAACCCGUUUCAGUUGUCUUCUCUUACGUCCGCAGUUCUGAAAUAAAGAAAGAUCUUCUCUGACGUUAUUACAGAGAAGAACACAAUGAGUGGCCGUGGAAAGGGAGGUAAAGGACUCGGAAAAGGAGGCGCUAAGCGUCACCGUAAAGUCCUCCGUGAUAACAUCCAGGGAAUCACUAAGCCCGCUAUCCGCCGCCUGGCUCGCCGCGGUGGAGUCAAACGUAUCUCCGGUCUCAUCUACGAGGAGACCCGCGGUGUGCUCAAGGUUUUCCUGGAGAACGUCAUCCGUGAUGCCGUGACCUACACUGAGCACGCCAAGAGGAAGACCGUGACCGCCAUGGAUGUGGUAUACGCUCUCAAGAGGCAGGGCCGCACUCUGUACGGCUUUGGCGGUUAAAUCUACCAUCUCUUUACUACAAACCAACGGCUCUUUUCAGAGCCACCCACACUUCUGAAAGAGAUAUUUCCUGAAUUUUAAUAUUAAUUCACUGCUUCUAAGGACUUGUGUUGUGUAAUUUAUGACAGAAUUUUAUUUUUAACAAAACACUUGAUUGUUAGAGCUAGCAUAAUGUAUUGAUGAAUUUGAGACUAACUCCAUAUUUUAAUACUACAUAGUAGUGAAGACAUUUAUAAAGUAUAAAUAUCAGGAUUUAUACAUUAUAAAUGUGUCAAAUUAGAUGU